AUGGAUAUUGUUGGAAUUUUGGUAUGCUACAACGGAAGUUUGGUUCACAAGGAUAACAUUCAGAGUUAUGAAUGUGAGGAUGCUAAAGGGUGCAAUGGCAUUGUAAGCAUUGAGAGUAGCAAUGCUCCUCCGCCAUUUUUUAUGGACAUACCAAUGAGUGUCGAAAACAUAGUUGCUGAUUUGUGUGCACCUAGCAACGAAGAGGAAUCGUACUCUGCGCCAAAUAUGCAUCCUCAUGGCGACAACAAUUUCAAACCCUCUACUGUGCAAGUUAGACAAGUGCAAUAUGAACCUCCCCAAUAA